AUGACCACGCCGGCCAAGAAACUCGUACACUGGGAUGUCGCCAGUCCAAAUUUCUCAGAGUUUGGAUCCCCAGCGUCUAAUGCAUCAUCAGAGUCGCUGGUAUCGACGUCAAGUCUGCAGUACAUCAAUGCUCAGCUAGCGGCCCACGGAUUCGCGCCACCACAAGGUCUCUCAUUGGAAGGUAUCUCGAACGCGAACAUGGAUAGUGCUGUUAAAUGCUUGACGGAACUGCUGGGACAGCGUGUGAAAGAUAUGUCUCGAGCGGAAGAGUUGGCAACGGAGCUACGUACCCUCAGAUAUGACCAUGAGCGGAUGAAGUCUAUGCAUAGCAGCGCAGCGGAGAAGGCGGCAAAUUUUGAACGUGAAAUGAAUGUGCACAAAUCCAGGCUCAACACGACCACGAAAACUCUCCAGUCUACGGAACAAUCACAUCGGCAGACGACGGCAGAGCUUCAGCGAUCACGUACUGUUCUGCAGGCCGUUCGAGCAACUCACCAAGCAGAACUUAAGAAGAAAGAAAAAGAGUUCGAGAAGAUGGCAGAAAAGUGGAACAAGAUUUCAGAUGCGCAGGCUAAAGUCAUGGCGGCCUCAAGCGGCUUUGCUUGUUCUAAUUUGCGUAUUGUGAACGGAGGCAGCGAUGAACUCGUUGGAAGAGGACCCGGAGUGUUGGAGGUUGCACUUCAAGAGGCUGAGAAGGCUCGCUCGCAAUUCGCGACGGAGUGCUCGGGGCUCAAGACAGUUAUUUUGAAUGCCGUAAAUGGACUGCAGCGCCUCAUAUACGACACGAAGGGUAGCGACUCUGAACCCGAUCCAACUCCUUUUACUAUGGCGACAUUAUUCCCAUUCGCCGCGCCGGAAGUUGCAGGUGACAAACUGGCAUCGGUCCUUUUAUCCUUCCACGAAUCUCUUCGGGUCCUUGCAGUUCCCACCACCCCAGUGGCGCUACCAACUGAUAACUCUGCGCUAGCAGAUGAAGAACGAGAACGACUUCAAGCCGUCAUUGAUUCGUUAAAGACUGAGCUUGAACUCGCACAGCAAAAUGCUUCGAGCCGUACAACAGAGACGCAGGUAUUGUUUGAUAGAUUCGCCACCGAUGAGCGUCUCGCAACGGGUCAUGAUCCUGCGGACGUCAGUGUCGACUUCAUGACUGUGCCUGAGCGAGACAAACACAGAGAACGUUUGGACGACAUCAAGAAACAAUUAGAAGAAGAGCGGAAGAAGUUUACUGAGGCUACAAUCAACCUAGGCAAGGAACGGGCGUCUCUAGAGAUGGAAAGGAAGAAACUCAACGACGAGAAGCGUUCCUGGCAAGUUGAGAUGAUGCUUGCAGACUUGCCCCCGACCCCCAUCCCUAGCGGGCAACCAUCCGAGGCAACCUCGCCACGUAAAUCUCCUCGCAAGUCACCUGCUAAAGGGAACAGCGGAGCGGCGCGCAAGACCACGCGUGUCAGGCGCCGCUCCUCUCUAACUGCGUCGCCGACAAAGAAGAAAGUGGAACCUGCCUUUGAAACAGAAGUGAUAGUCCCAUCGACGUCAAGGAUAAUCUCAGAUGUGAAGGGCCUCGAGUCAUCCCCAUCAUUACUGCCCAACUCCUUUGUUUUGCCUCCUCCUUCUCCCCAUUCUGUCCUCCCAUCACAGCCAUCACUGUUUUUGUCUCAACUCGCUGCGGCACCUCCGGUUCCGGUCCCGACCUCUUCCGCCCUUCCUGAUAACAAGAGCUACCUGCUCCAUCGAAGAUCUUGCCGCCUACAUCCAAUACUGAACCCCUAUUUGCAUCAGUGCCUUGUACACCUCAACCGGGUUUUCGUCGACCAGUUCCCAAUGGCAAAGCCCUUCGCUCCACGCAUGAUCCAUGCAUAUUCGCCGGUGCGACCAAGUCCAUUGAGUCGCAUACUGCAGCUGGGUAACUCGCCCACGAGCCCCAAUGGAUUAAACUUCGAUGAUUCUUCGUCAUCAAGUGGACUGGAGGUUUUACCAGAAGAAGAUGAAGAGGUAGCGGUCCAAACGCCCCAGGAACCGGUUAUGACCUUAGCCCAAGAACUGGGAGUGCCAGAUUCCCCGCCCGAGCCUGAAAGGGCCCCAAGUCCUCUAGGACAUAAGCAGGUGCCCUCGAACACUAUUGAUAGAGGACGUACAAACCAGAAGGCCAACGUAUCAAUGACCAAGAAGGGUAGAAUUAUCCAGCCUGAGCCAAAGAGAUUGACAGCUCAGGAGAAGGGGAAAGGUAAAGCUGACGGUGUGGGGCCAGGUGUUGGGAGUAAGGGUAAACUCGGGAUGGGCGAGAAGGAAAACAAUGCGAUCAAGAGGGCUCCGACUAGGAAGGAGCCCUCCGUCAUCAACUUUGAAGCCUCCGGCUCCUAGCACGAAACCAACUGUUAAGCUUCGCAACCGGUACGGCCACAGUCGCGCGGAAAGGUGAUGCCCAAGAUACCUUUCGCUAGUAAAAGCAUCGGUGGUCCUAGGCGGGUACCUAUCAAUAGUGCUGAAGCGCCGCCUAUCAGCAAAAAACGGGUGUAGAAGCCUUUUUUUUUUUUGCUGUUUCUUGCAUUUCCAGGCAUCAUUUGGAUUCUAUAGCAUCUAUCGUCUAUCACAUUCUAUAUCAUUUCUCAGUUACUUUGCAGUUAUGGAUUACUAGUACUUCAGAGUUUCAACAUUCCAUGAACGACGCAAAAUACGGGUUCAAGUCUUCGAUCUUUUGUAGUGGAGUCACCAUCCCGACAUAUCCAUCGGGACGAACCACCACCACAGCACCCUCGGCAGUAACUCCGUAUCUGGUGUAGACAUUGUUGUCCUCGAG